CCCCCAAUUUUCCCCCAUUUGCAGAAACCCUAACGCCACCAAGCCCCAAAUUGUCUGUCAACAUUCCCCCCUGUUUCCUCCAUUUGCUUGCACCAGGAACACUAGUUGCUCAAAAUUCUUCUUUCUUUUCAAUCAUUUGAUCUUUCAAUACAGUCAAAAUAGGGCCUCUCUCCCUCCCUGGUUCUUCUUCUUUUUCCCUUCCCUUAGACCCCUCUGGUUCAAUUAAUCUUCUCUAAUUCCUGUUUCGAAUUUCUGGUCCUAUCAUCUUCCUUGUUUUUAUUCACCCAAUCACCGAACCCAACAUGUAUUCAAGCAAUUCCCAUCAACCAUCCUCUCAAUUUGGUUCUCCAUCUUCAUCUCCUCAUUAUGGCGAGUUUGUGGGUCUCUGCAAAUGUGGUCUUCGACAAGUUAAAAGAACUGCUAUGACUCGAUUCAACUAUGGACGCAGGUUUUGGGGAUGUCCAAAAUUUUCGAAGGAUGGUGAGGAAGCCGGCCAUACCUGUGGACUUUGAUUCUCGAGCUAAGUUUUGGAUAACAUAUUGCUGGGAUAAAGAGCAAGCACUGUUGAAUGAGAUUUCACAACUGAAAAAGGAGAACCUGGACCUGCAUAGAGAGAUUGAUGGUUUGAAGAAUUUGAACUGUGAAAUGGAAAACAAAGUUAGUGGGAUUGAGACAGUUGCUUCAAGUUAUUUGAAGCUGAAAAAGUGUUUAAUUUGUUGUAUCUUCAUAAUUGCUUUUUUGGCCAUUAAAUUUGCAGGGUAAUUGGUCAUAGUCUGCUUUUGUAAUAGGUGAUGAGCAAGUGUAAUAUGAUGUGGUGCGGACUGCUUUUGUAAUUAUAGGACUACUUGUUGUAAAUAUGACUCCUAUUGUAAUUGAUUAGCUUAUGAAUGAAAUAUGACUUUUCUG